CUCCUACAUUAAUGUAUGUGCCCGCAAAAACCCCAACUAUGCUGAAUGCAUUAUGAAUAGCGUCAACAAGGCAAUGAAUAAGGUCUGUACAGGGUUACCGGAAUUUGACAUUUCUCCGGUCGAGCCUCUAACUAUUGACGAACUAGUUAUUUACAACACCGAUAGUCUUAAAAUAAAUCUCAAAGAUUUCAAAGCAAGAGGAAUUUGCGAUUUGGAGACAACCUCUAUUAACGUAUCCCCUGACCAGCUUCAAUUUGAUUGGGAUUUCAAACUUAAACAUCUUGAAAUUGACUCCACAUAUGACUUCGACAUGCGUUUAUUGGUGCAACUUCAUAAUAAGGGAUUAAUGCAUAUUUCUGCAGAUAAUUUAACAGGAAAAUUAAAUAUAAAUCUUAAGGAGGUAACUAAAGACGGUAAAACAGAAAUAUAUGCGUCGAAAGUAAAGACUACUCUCAAUAUUAAAACAUUUAAAUUUGAUUUUGAUGAAAGCGAGAAGGACUUGGUUUAUCUAUACGAAGCGAUAAAGAAUACUAUUAACGAGAAUGUCAAUGAUAUUAUUAAUAUAGUUACGCCGGUAUUAGAAAAAAAGGUCUCCGAAUUAAUGAUUUCAAUUAUUAACAAGGUAACCUAUAACAGAUUUGAGACUGAGUCGACAAG